AUGGCGGCCAGGCGCCUCUUCAACACCAUAGCCCCCGUGUACGACCAGCUCAACGAUCAGCUCAGCCUGGGGCUGCACCGCGUGUGGAAGCGCAUGACGGUGAAGUGGAGCGGCGCCGCCACGGGGGGCCGCGCGCUGGAUGUGUGCUGCGGCAGCGGCGACCUGGCCUUCCGCCUGGCAGAGGCGGUGGGGCCCAGCGGCAGCGUGGUGGGCCUCGACUUCUCCGCCAACAUGCUGGCAGACGCGGCGCGGCGGCAGCAGCAGCGGCAGCAGACACUGGGGCCGGCAUACAACAUGGAGUGGGUGCAGGGUGACGCCAUGCAGCUCCCGUUUGAGGCCGGCAGCUUUGAUGCGGCCACCAUGGGCUAUGGGCUGCGCAAUGUGGCAGACAGGCCCGCGGCGCUGCGGGAGCUGCACCGCGUGCUGCGCCCCGGCUGCUCGGUGGCGAUCCUGGACUUCAACAACGCCGCCGACAACGCGGUGGUGGACGCCGCGCAGGCCUGGUUCCUGGAGCAGCUGGUGGUGCCCGCGGCGCGCUCGCUGGGGGUGGCAGAGGAGUACGAGUACCUGCGGCCCUCCAUCCAGCGCUUCCCCAGCGGGCCGCAGCAGGAGGUGCUGGCGCGGCAGGCCGGCUUCGCCACGGCGGUGCACUACCCGAUCGCCUUUGGCCUCAUGGGCUGCUUGGUGGCCACCAAGGCCGAGUAA